GAGAGCGGAGUCGGGCUUCCCCGCCGGUCUGUCAUGCGCGCUGGCUUGAAAGCCUCCUCGUAAGCCAUCCCCGUGCUCCGCCGCCGAGACUUCCAGGGCCGCCAGAUGUGGCUGCAGCUGGGCCAGGGCUCGCCUCCCGUGUAAGCGUGCUUCCUCCAAGCCCCGUCGGCCGAGCCUGGGCGUUCGGGCAGGGACAGCCGCCCAGGGCAGCCUUCCGCUCGCCGUGGUUCUCGCCGGAGUCAAUGCGCUGUCCGGCGGCGGCUCUUCUCUGCAGCGUCGCCCGGUGAAAAGCGAGCCCUGGAGGGAAGUCGGCGGAGCGGCCAGGUGGGAGGAGGUCAAUGGAUCGCCACUCUAGCUGCCUCUUCAUCUGGCUGCAACUGGAGCUGUGCGCCAUGGCCAUCCUGCUGACGAAAGGUGAAAUUCGAUGCUACUGUGAUGCCGCACACUGUGUUGCAACAGGCUAUAUGUGCAAAUCUGAGCUCAACGCUUGCUUCUCUAGACUGCUUGAUCCACAGAACAACCAUUCUCCACUUACGCACGGCUGCUUGGACUCUCUUGCCAGCAAGCCAGACAUCUGUCAGGCCAACCAGGCACAAAACCACUCUGGCACCACCAUACCCACGUUGGAGUGCUGUCAUGAAGACAUGUGCAAUUACAGAGGGCUUUAUGAUGUUUUAUCUCCUUCCAGAGGAGAACCUUUGGGACAAGGAAGCAAAUACCAGCAUGAUAACAGCAGAAACCUCAUCACGAAGGUUCAGGAGCUGACCUCCUCCAAAGAACUGUGGUUCAGGGCAGCCGUCAUCGCCGUCCCCAUAGCUGGCGGACUCAUCCUGGUGCUCCUCAUCAUGCUGGCUCUGCGGAUGCUCAGGAGCGAAAACAAACGGCUGCAAGACCAGCGGCAGCAAAUGCUCUCCCGUUUGCACUACAGCUUUCAUGGGCAUCCUUCCAAAAAAGGACAAAUGGCAAAACUAGACUUGGAAUGCAUGGUGCCCGUAACGGGGCACGAGAACUGCUGCAUGACAUGCGAUAAAAUGAGACAGACGGACCUCAGCAAUGACAAAAUACUUUCGCUCGUCCACUGGGGGAUGUAUGGCGGGCAUGGAAAGCUGGAGUUUGUGUGAUCCCUUCCUCGGCUUUUAUCCCACCCACCCCUCUCUCUAUAUAUCUAUUUUUAAAUUUUUGGUUUUAAAAUUACUAGGAAAACUUUUCAAAGGCCUUUGGGUUCUGCUGGACAGGAGCACUUUAUAUGGGGAAAAGCCUACACUCAUUAAUCAUUUUUUUAAAAAGAAACUAAGGGACCUAUGCAGAGAGAACCUUGGAUACAUCUUCUGAAGGAUUCCAAAAGUUGAUCUUAUUUGCACAGAGUAAAUACACUCAAAAUGUGUUGUUUGCUUUUAAAAUUAUGAAAGCAAAAAACGAGAAGUUAUACACACUGUUAAACCAGGGUUGUCUGAGCUGUAGGGAGAUGGGAACUGAGUUAUACUAUUAAACUGUAUGCAAGUUCUGAUGUAAAGAUUUUUUUAAAAAAUAUAUUUUGUCUGA